UGGGGGUGUCUCAAUGGCUUUCUUCCAGCCUUCAGGUGGCGCCCUCGAGCCGCGGAGCCGCACGAGUCAUUGAAGACCGUCGGGACCUAAGGACCAGGUCCUACCUGGGGUCUGUGUGCCGGGCAGAGAGGGGAGGGCUAGGGCGGGGAGGCGGCGUCUGAGAUCGGCGCAGUCGGGGCGCCCCAGCCGUGGAGACUGGCAAGCGGCGGGGGAGGGGUCUCCUUCAGCAGCCCCCCUCCCAGGCCCCGCCCCUGCGCCCUGGAGCUUCGGUCCCCCCACUCGGCAGAUAAGCCCUAAGGGGAGGGGAGGAGGAUGGCGCCAUGUCCCCCGCUCCUCACCCCCGUCUGUUCCCGGCCUCCCCGUCCCUCCCCACGCUAACUCUCCGGGCGCCCUCGCCGGCCGCGGGCGGAGCUCGAUCCGCUGCGUUCGGCGAUCCCCGGCUCCCUCCCCUUCUCGCGUCCCUCCUCCCCGGAGCCCCCAGCGGCCGCCGCCGCCGUGCAGCCCCGCGCGGCGCGAGCAGCUGCCAAGGGGCCAAGGGAUGAGCUGGGCCCCUCCUUCCCAAUGGCAUCUCCCCCUGGUCUGGAACUGAAGACACUGAGCAGUGGUCCCCAGACCCCAAGGAGACCAGCUCCUCUAGGCCUCCUGGCCCCAUCCAGGCAGGGUGUGGAGAACGCCUGCUUCUCCUCGGAGGAGCAUGAGACCCAUUUCCAGAACCCUGGGGACAUCAGACUCGGCAGCUCCCCCAGCCCUCCCGGGGGUGUACCCUCAAGGCCCCGAUCCCAGCGGGAUGACCUGUCCCUGCAUUCAGAAGAAGGGCCAGGCCUGGAGCCCGUGAGCCGCCCGGUGGAUUAUGGCUUUGCUUCUGCUCUGGUUUUCCUGGUGAGUGGGAUCCUCCUGGUGGUGACAGCGUAUGCCAUUCCCCGUGAGGCCCAUGUCAACCCGGACUCGGUGACAGCGCGGGAGAUGGAACGACUAGAGAUGUACUACGCCCGCCUGGGCUCCCACCUGGACAAGUGCAUUAUCGCGGGCCUGGGGCUGCUCACAGUGGGCGGCAUGCUCUUGUCCGUGCUGCUGAUGAUCUCCCUGUGCAAGGGCGAGCUCUACCGCCGGCCGACCUUCGUCCCCUACAGGGGCUCCAGGAAGACCUAUGGCUCCAUUAACCUGCGCAUGAGACAGCUCAGUGGGGAUGGGGGCCAGGGCCUGGUGGAAAACGAAGUUGUCCAGGUCUCAGAGACCAGCCGCACCCUCCAGGGGUCUUAA